AUGGGGUCUCAAGCUAUGUCCAAUUUUGGUCCGAAAUUCAGAACAGUUAUUGAUGAAUUAGAUCUUGAAGAAGAGUCAUCAUUUACACCACUUGAAUUAGAAGAGAAUUUAUUAUCUGAUGUUUCUGAUAACAUUGAUCAUAACA